AUGGUUGCUCAAAAAUAUUCAACAUCCACCAAAAAGUUCAAAGAUCCAAGAAUGGAUUUUCAUCAAAGUCUACCUACAAACGGAAUGCUCGAAUCUAAUUCAUCACCUGGCUGGGAAGAUAUCUUUCUAUGUUAUCCUAUCUUCGACAACAUUUGUACCCAUUUGGAUCCCAAUGAAAUACUAUUGCUCCGAGCGACCACUAAACAGCUUUCUCCAUUGUUUGAAUCACUUUUUAAAACUCAAUGGAAUGUUAAUCUUCAACUCAAACGAUUUAUUGAGGACCCUAUCACAUUUCGAUCAAAGUUGGCUACAUAUAAUGCCCUUAUAUCUGGAAGCUUUGCCUUACAAUUUUUUGAAAGGAGAUUUUGGCAAGAAUCCGAUCUAGAUAUCUAUGUGAAUGGCUCGGAUGAUUCAGAAAGUCACGAUCGACUCGACGAGUACUUAGUCAACAGUGAAGGCUACAAGUUACAGCCCGCAAAAGAGGAUGAAGGUAAUGACUUGCAUGCUUAUGCAGGCCACUUGUCAGAUAUCUUAGAGGUCAAAACAUACCUCAAGAUGGGCCUCACUGAGGAGAAGCCACUUCAAAUUCAAUUGAUCUUGACAACUGAUACUCCUUGGAAUGCAAUCAUAAAUGGCUUUAACCAUACGGUUGUUGUGAACGUUAUCUCGUGGAACUUGGCUUACUCGUUCUUUCCUCGUUCAAACUUCAUCGAUAGAACUACCUACGAACUCAAGGGGACCGGUAAUCUAUAUUCCAUACCUAAUGGUAACCUUGAAAAUACUAUUGCGAAAUAUGAACACAGAGGGUGGAGAUGGGAGACAGCAAUGGCUUACGGUGAAUGGAGAAGACUACGUUCGUUGAAAUCUUCAUCCAGCCUGAACGAGAUUGAAGAUUACUCAAAGAUAUGGACCAUUACACUGGACACGGAUGGUAUCAAUGACGAAAUACCUUUGAUCGAAUGUAAACCGUCUGUUGACAAGGAAGCAGACAGGGGCUUAGACGAUGAAUUGCGAAAAGCGGAGACAGAGCAGGCCGAAGUAGAGCAGCAUAUCAUCGAUGAAUUAGAGGUAUUCAUUGCCGAGCUGGAAAGGGAUGCGAGGGAGCACGCGGAUCUAGACCAAUACCUUGAAAAAGCGGAAAGGUCGGAAGGAGUGGAGGAUGGCUGGAUUGAGUUCGGUUUGUGUCUCAGAGGCGAGGCAAAGUCAUUAGUUGGAUAGCAUGUGGAAUCUGAGUGAAAGGAAGUCAAGUCAGGGAGGGUAAUUGAAUAGCGGAGGUCUUGAGGAGGAAACAUGACAGAAUUGACAAAGAAAGAAAAAGCGAGUCCAAAUC